UUGGCAGGUGAGGAAUGUCACACAAAAAUCCAGUUUGUCUUGAUCUGACGGUUCGGGCUGUUUCAUAAGCGCUCGAGCCCAGGGGGAACACACACCUGGCUGGAGGGUCACCUGUGCGCGAGGACACCGGUCGGUCGCUCGGGUCUCGCUGCGGAGCCGCUUUUAGUAAAAAGCCUCAGUUGGACGCCGAGCGACAUCAUCAUCAUCAUGUCGGAGGUGAUUCCGGACGACGCGGUGUUUGCCGACUUCAGACGGCAGUGUCUCUCCACCGAGAACUGGAUCAAGAAGUACGACAAGAACGGCAUGGAGGUGUGGGUGGAGACCCUCAUGGCCACGGAGAACAACAGGAACCAAGGGCUGAAGGUGCACAAGAUCAAGUGCUGCAUGGUCAUCAAGGACGUGUCGGCGGCCACCAUGUACGAUGUCCUCCAUGACUCGCAGUACCGCAAGAAGUGGGAUCCCACGGUGCUGGAGAGCUUCGACAUCGCCCGCCUGACCGCCAACGCCGAUGUCGGCUACUAUGCCUGGCUCUGCCCCAAGCCGCUGAAGAACCGCGACGUGGUGACGCUCCGCUCCUGGAUGGUGACGGAUGAUGAGUACCUGAUCGUUAACUACUCCGUCAAACACCCAAAAUUCCCUCCCCGCAAGGACCUGGUGCGAGCCGUUUCCGUCAUCACGGGCUACAUGCUGAAGGUCACGGGGCCGAGCAGCUGCAUUUUCACCUACCUGUCUCAGGCCGACCCCAAAGGAUCCCUUCCAAAGUGGGUGGUGAACAAAGCGUCGCAGGUUGUGGCUCCCAAAGUGCUGAAAUGUGCGCACAAAGCGGGACAGAACUACCCUGAGUGGAAGGAGCAGAACUCCCCCAACCGCAAGCCCUGGCUGUACCCGGAGCAGAACGACCUGCCGCGGAUGGACCCCUCGGAGCUGACGAUCCAGCGCGCGGACUCCCUGGAGAACGUGGACGAGAGCUCGAGCCGGGACCCUCGCGAGAACGAGGUGGCCGAGGACAGCAACUGAGAGCGGGGCCGUGCGCCGGACUGGAGCCGAGCUCCCUCCCCGGCAUCCCGGUCUGGCUCCAGUACCCACAAUGCAUCUCUUUACCAGCCAGGCUGUGACCGGCGCAGACGGUUAACAUCACCGGUGCCUCUAGCUGAACCGAUAGCAGCUCCACCGGAGUCUGUCAGAUGGAGAUCCAUGAGGCAGGUGCUACUGCUGUCCCCGGGGAAGCGAUUUUGUAAAUGUUUACGUGGUUACGGAACUCGGAAAACAACACAAGGGCUCCUGGAGAAAGGGCUGCGUUUAGGGCUCUGGAACCAAACAUGCAUUUUGACCCAUUGCUAGAACUUGUGCCUUGUUCAUAUUUCCUGAUGAUUUUCUCACUUGGUCAUUCUCUUUAGACUAACAUUGACAUUGUGGGGGGGGUGGUGUGGAGCUCAGGGGAUUGACACUGAGUGGGGCAACUGUUAAUAUGUUAACUGGAUUAAGAGCACGUAUGUAGCGUUCAUAUCAGAUCAUUUGUGGACUGGAUUUCUCUCUGGUAGUGUCAGCGUUGUGACUGGUUUGAACUGGCUAGAAAUCUUCAGAGACACAAGGAAGUGGCAGCGGCAUUCCUGUCCCGUCCGGCUUGUCCUCGCUGGACAGUGUCAGAGCCCAACGUGGGUGUUGUGUCUGAGCUCAGUUUGGUUGUGUAUAAAGAAUAUUUAGCAAUAAGCUGUUUACUCUGAACAAACUUGAAGCCGGCUCAUCUGUCACGGCACAGAGGUUGCGCAGGAUUUGGUGACGCUGAUCUCGUGGGGCUCAAGAGUCCUUCACAAGUCCACAAGAUCAGGCGAAAUUCUGUCCAGUCACAUUUAUAUUCAUUUACUUCUCCCCAAUACUGUAGUUUGACAAACAGAAAAGGCACAAUGAAGGCAUGAUAUAGCAAUGGAAGACAAAAAUUCAGCGAGGAACUGAACUUUUAAACCCCAGACUUUUUGCACUAAGUGUUUUGACAGAGGUGCUGGACCUGCUGUCAUGUUUCCGAUUGCUAUGAAAUCCCUAUUACGUUCGCCUGAGGUGGCCGUCGCUUUAGUUCCCCGUUGAGAAAAUCUUGUACUAGGAUUGAGUGUCAGGAAACAGGUUUGAUGGCUGUGUCCUCAGAAGAACUGCCUUUGUCUCAGGUUACCUCCUUUAUAUGAAUGUAUACCAAUGUUACUCAAGUUAGAAAUGUAUAUACAUACUUAUGAUUUUCAUUGAAAGACAGACACUGACUUAUUUAUUGUAAAAUUCAAUAAAUGAACAUAUGUGAUCAA